AUGCGGGCACGGGCCGUGCUGGGCGCGGUGCUGGCCGUCACCUGUGCCGGAGCCAUCUUCUCGUUCCUCCUGAGACCCGGGGGCCUCCUUUGGGGAGAGACCGAGGAGUCUCAGGUCAGGGGCAUCGUGGAGGCCAGCAGGCUCCUGGUGGACAAGUCCAUCUAUGCUGCGAUGAGAAGAAACCUCCACAAAAGGGAAGUCAUUUCCCCAUCGCAACUUCUGUCUUUUUCCAAACUCCCUGAGCCCGCGAGCCGCGCUGCAUCCCGGGCGGCGGAGGUCAUGGAGGCCUCGGUGCAGGAGGCGGUGAGACGGGGUCACCUGCGGUCUGGACCCUCCCGGCUGCCCACAGAUGCUCUCUCGGAGGGGCUGCUGAGCGCGAUCGCAAACCUGUCCGGAUGCCUGCCUCACAUGCUGCCGCCCAGAUGUCCGGCCACCUGCCUGGUCAGCAAGUACAGACUCAUCACGGGCGCCUGCAACAACAGAGACCACCCUCGCUGGGGAGCCUCCAACACAGCGCUGGCCAGAUGGCUGCCCCCCGCCUACGAGGACGGCAUCAGUGAGCCCCGAGGCUGGAACCCCCACUUCCUGUACAGAGGCUUUCCCCUGCCUCCGGUCCGGGAGGUGACCAGGCACAUCAUACACGCCUCCAAUGAGGCUGUGACGGGGGAUGACCGGUACUCUGACCUCCUGACGGCCUGGGGCCAAUACAUCGAUCACGAUGUCGCCUUCACGCCGCAGAGCGCGGGCACCCCUGCCCCCAGGGCGGGGGCCGACUGCCAGCUGACCUGCGAGCCCCGAAGCCCAUGCUUUCCCAUACAGCUCCCCGCGAACGCCGCGGGCCCCGCCUGUCUGCCCUUUUACCGCUCCACGGCCGCCUGCGGCACCGGGACCCAAGGCACCUUGUUCGGCAACCUGUCUUCCGCCAACCCGCGCCAGCAGAUGAACGGGCUGACCUCGUUCCUGGACGCGUCCACCGUGUACGGCAGCUCCGCGGCCUCGGAGCGGCGGCUGCGGAACUGGACCAGCGCCGAGGGGCUGCUGCGCGUCAACGUGCGCUACCGGGACGCGGGCCGCGCCUUCCUGCCCUUCGCGCCGCCGUCCGCGCCCCCGGCUUGCGCUCCCCAGCCCGGCGCGCCCGGAGCCCGCGCACCCUGCUUCCUGGCCGGCGACGGCCGCGCCAGCGAGGUCCCCGCCCUGGCGGCCUUGCACACACUGUGGCUGCGAGAGCACAACCGCCUGGCCUCCGCGCUCAAGGCCCUCAACGCGCACUGGAGCGCGGACGCCGCCUACCAGGAGGCGCGCAAGGUGGUGGGCGCGCUGCACCAGAUCAUCACGCUGCGCGAUUAUGUCCCCAGAAUCCUGGGCCCUGAGGCCUUUGGGCGGCACGUGGGCCCCUACAGAGGCUACGACCCCAGCGUGGACCCCACCGUGUCCAACGUGUUCUCCACGGCUGCCUUCCGCUUCGGCCAUGCCGCUAUCCACCCACUGGUGCGGCGGCUGGACGCCCGCUUCCAGGAGCACCCGGGGUCCCGCCUGCCACUCAGGGACGCCUUCUUCCGGCCCUGGCGGCUCCUCGAGGAAGGCGGCGUGGACCCCGUCAUGCGGGGUCUGCUGGCGAGACCAGCCAAGCUGCAGGUGCAGCACCAGCUGCUGAACGAGGAGCUGACGGAGAGGCUCUUCGUGCUGUCGGACGCGGGGACCCUGGACCUGGCGUCCAUCAACCUGCAGCGGGGCCGGGACCACGGCCUGCCAGGGUACAAUGAGUGGCGGCAGUUCUGCGGCUUGUCCAGGCUGGAGACCCGGGCCGACCUGGGCGCGGCCACCGCCAACGGGAGCAUGGCCGACAGAAUCCUGGACCUGUACGGGCACCCUGACAACGUCGACGUGUGGCUGGGCGGCCUGGCGGAGAGCUGCCUCCCGGGGGCGCGGACUGGUCCGCUGUUCGCCUGCCUCGUGGGAAAGCAGAUGAAGGCCCUGAGGGAUGGGGACCGGUUCUGGUGGGAGCACCACGGGGUGUUCACCGAGGCCCAGCGGCGCGAGCUGGGCCGGCACUCGCUGUCCCGUGUCAUCUGCGACAACACGGGCCUCACCCACGUGCCCCGCGACGCCUUCCGGGUGGGGCAGUGGCCCCAGGACUUCGAGUCAUGUGACCGCAUCCCGGGGAUGGACCUGCGUGCCUGGCGGGAGGCCCCUCCUCCAGACGAUGCCUGUGGCUUCCCGGACAACGUGGAGAAUGGGGGCUUCCUGCUCUGCAACGAGUCUGGGCGGAGGCUGCUGGUGUUCUCCUGUCGUCACGGAUUCCAGCUCCAAGGGCCCGAGCAGCUCACCUGCACCCGGCACGGCUGGGACUCCCAGCCCCCCAUCUGUCGAGACAUCAACGAGUGUGAAGAUGGAAUGGACCCCCCCUGCCACGCGUCCGCGCAGUGCAAGAACACCAAGGGUGGCUUCCAGUGUGAGUGCCGCGACCCCCACGUGCCCGGCGAGGAUGGCAGGACCUGUGUGGACUCCGGGAGGCUCCCGCGGGCGUCUGUGGUCUCCCUGGUGCUGGGCGCCGUGCUCGUCUGCGGUCUGGCUGGCCUCACCUGGACGGUGGUUUGCAGGUGGAUGCUCGCCAACCCCAAGUCCUCGCUGCUGCCCGUGGAGGGAGAGGGAGAAGGACCUUCCUGGCUGGGCCGUGGGAAACCCCGGGACGUGUGCGCUCCGCCGCAGGAUGUUCCUGCGGGGCUUGCAGAGCAGGGCCCGGCCUGUGGACCCCAAGUCCUCCUCUGCAAGUAG